AUGGACUCGGUCAACCCGUCCGACUACAGCAGCAUCCCGUUCGGCUAUGCGAUCAUCAAGGCCGUCGGUCCACGGAACAAGCCGGAAGUGCCUCCCGUCUUUUUCAUAGUCAACUGCAUGAUCGUCGGAGACGCGUCACUCCGCCUGCGUCGGAUGCUCACCCAACGGCCCAACACGCAGCAUUGGAUACUCCUUCACCCCGCUCGGGAUGUGCAGGAGGUCAUGUACAUCAUCCACCAUGGACGCCGCAGCCCCGACCUUGCGCCGGCGACCGCGGAUGCCAUGCUUUCCGUGUGCUACACCGCAGACAGGCUCGACCUGUUGGAGGGCAUCAGCAAGGUCUGGGGCGCCAUCUUGUACGUCGACGAGAAAAUGACCAGCCAGCAACUGUGGAACGUGGCCGUUGCCGCGGUUCUGUGCAAGAACAACACCGUCUUCUUUGCUGCCACAAGAAAGCUGACGUGGCUGCACCACGCUCGGUAUCGCGAGCUGGUCACGAACUGCAACUUUUGGGAGUUGUUCCUGGCCGCGAACCUGGAACAGUUGCGAAAUCUCCUGUGGGUUGACAUGUCGGAGAUCUACUUCGAGACCAACCACGACUGCCACAUGGAGAGCAUACCCGGCAUCCACCCCUCGCAUCUGGAGACACUUCCAACCUUGAUGUCCCGGUUCGUGUACCUCAGGGAGAGGUGCGAUGUUGAGAUGAUCGACAGGGAAGGAGAAAGCUACCGAAUGGUGGUCGCCGAGCAGGCCUCCCAGACGUGGCCGUACAGACUGCGCGAGGAGGUUUCAGGGGCGCUGAUGGAUGUGCACAAGAAAUCCGGACUUCACUUGGCACAGUUUUAUCAUUUCUUGGAUCUUCCAUUGGAUUGA